UCUGCCCUAUUCAUUUGCUAUAAGGCCUUCUCUCGAUUAAAAGUAUUUCUAUGACGUUUGUGCCAUGUAUUGGAGCCAAAACAGGACAAGUAAAGGAUAGCGGGGAGUGAAAUAUAGAAGUAAGCAAGUUGAACCUCCCUCGCUGCGAGCUAUUUUGCAGCUGUGAACUGACUCCUACAACAGCGGGUGAGCUCCACGUGAGGCCCAGCAGACGGACACGAGGAGCCUCUCAGCCCUCUAAACACUGAGGGAAAGGAAGGCUACAACUUUCCAAGGCAUCGUUGGUUCUCCUCACCACACUUGUUGUCACUGAGUGCAAGGAAGUAUCAGUCUCUUCUGAAACAGCCAAGAUGUGCAGUGUUGAUCCAGAUGAAGUGAUUGAAAUGACACAAGCCACAGAAGUCUUAGACAUUAGCAGGGGAGGUGUAUUGUGCCGUAAGUGUGAGGAGGCUGUGGCAGAAGUUGUCUUAAGAGUGAAAGAUGCAUACUGCAGGAACUGUUUCCUGGCAUAUUUCACACACAAGUUUCGUUCAACUAUUGGCAAGUCCAAGCAGAUCCAUCCUGGGGACCGUGUGUUGGUGGGCCUCUCUGGGGGCACCUCCUCGACUGCCCUGCUGCACCUCAUUCAUGAAGGACUCCAAGAAAACUCGCACAAGAAGUUGCGCUUUAAUCCUGCUUUUCUUUAUAUAGAUGAGAGUGUCCUGUGUACAGCAACAGAUGGGAGCAGUGACCAUACCCAAAGGGUUCUUAGGCAGGUGGCCUCCCUGGGGUUCCCCUGCUAUGUGGCAGCACUGGAGCAAGUCAUGGCACUGCAGCCUCAGCCUCCUCUCCUUGUGCCACAGGAAUACAAGGAAAUGAAGUAUGCAGUUGAUGAGAAUCUCAAGACAAAAAUUCAUGAACUAUUUGCCUCAUGUAAAAGUGCUUCUGCCCAACAAGACCUACAUGAUCAACUGCUUCAGACAGUACUGAGGCAAUGUUCUCAGUCUCUGGGUUUCAGAAAGGUCUUCUUGGGUGACAAUUCCACAACACUGUCCAUCCGCAUCUUGUCACAGGUGGCUCUGGGAAGAGGCUCUCAGCUUCCUAAGAGAGUGCACUUCAAGGCAGUCUCUCAGAACAUAGAGGUCUACCGACCAAUGAGAGAGAUUCUUCAAGAUGAAGUUUUACAUUAUUUACGCCUUCAGGACAUAACUGUACCAAGGCUACCAGCUUUUCGGACGAAGGGCUCCAACAUCACAGCCUGUACAGAAGAAUUUGUUCAAGGCUUGCAAAAAGAAUUUCCUGCAACUAUCCCUACUAUUUUUCGCACUGGAGAUAAAUUAGUGGCAGUCAAGGUUCAGGGUAAUAAACGCCAUUCUAACAACGGCUAUUUACAUGAAGAUGAUGACUUCUGUGCACUGUGUGCAUCAAAGUUAGAUACAGAUAAAGGAGAGGCUUCUGCUCUUCACGCCACCAUCAUAUCUCAGAAAUAUUCAAGUAAAAAGCCUCUAAAAACUUCACAUGACAAUGAAGAUGAAGUGAAAGAUGACAUGUCUGUUCAGGAAGCUUGUAAAGAAAUUACAAAUGGAGAAAUAUCUUCUGAUCCUGGUGGUGGGGCUUGUUGGUGUGCAGGAGCUGGGGGAGGUUGUGACAAGACUGUUAAAAGUAACUUGAAGGACCAAGAUUUGAGAUCAGCCCAGACACUGGAACUCUACCUUUGCUAUGGCUGCCGUGUCACUGUGAGGGACCUGAAACACACAGAUGUGCUGCCUGCCUGGGUACAGACAGAGGUGGUUGAGCAGGAGCAGCGCAGGGUAAUGAGGGAACAGAUCCAGGACUUUCUGCUAUAGUGAACAUCAAAUGUGUAUGCUACCUGCAAACACCUGGAAAUGGUAAAACAUGGUAAGGUACGACUUUAGUCAAUUCAGUUGAUAAUUGUCAUUGAUUAACUUUCUGAAAGUAUCAAUUCAAAAUUCAGUUUUAAGCAGAAUGAGUGGUGUAUCAGUUUUCAGUCCAGUGUGCUGUGAAAUAGAGAUUCAAAAGCACAUAUUCUAUUAUAUAUAUAU